AUGAAGAAAUCUAACCGUAGUUGUUUGAAUGAACCAGACAAUUUUUGUUAUAUUUGUGGGCAAUUUACACCUCGUGAUCAGCGAAAAAAUUUGUCAAACAGAAUAAAGAUUGCCUACUACCAUUACUUUGGAGUAAAGGUGGCGGAUCAAGAAAGAACCUGGGCUCCACAUAUUUGCUGCAGUGUUUGCUACGUAGGUCUCACUCAAUGGUUAAAUGGGAAAAGAAAGCAAAUACCUUUUGCCAUUCCAAUGAUAUGGCGUGAGCCAAGAGAUCACCAUUCAGACUGCUACUUUUGCAUGACAAAUAUACAAGGACAUUCUAAGAAAACCAAAGCAUCAAUUGUGUACUCUAACUGUUCAUCUGCAAUAAAACCAGUUCCCCACAGUGUUGAAUAUCCUGUUCCAACUCCUCCUACAGACACUGUUCUUUAUAGCAAAGAAGAACAAAGUGGUGAUGAAAAGGUUGAUGUUGAAUACAAACCAGAUUACGACAAAGAUAAACCUCACAUGAUCACGCAGGGAGAACUUAGUGAUCUGGUAAGGGACCUUGGGUUAACUAAAAAUAAAGCAGAACUCCUGGGGUCUAGAUUACAGCAAUGGAAUUUACUGGACAGAGGAACUAAAAUAUCCCAUUUUCGUGACCGGCACACCGAAUUUGCAAAAUUUUACAACAAAGAGGACAAUAUAUGUUACUGUGUAGACAUUGCUGGAUUAAUGACAAAAUUGGAUGAUGAGUAUGAUCCUGUAGAUUGGCGUCUGUUUAUUGAUUCUAGUAAAGUCAGUCUAAAAGCAGUUCUGCUACAUAACGGAAAUGUUAAACCAUCCAUUCCUGUAGCCCAUGCAGUGGGUAUGAAAGAAACAUAUGAAUCUAUGAAGACACUUCUUAAAGUUAUAAAGUACACUGAUCACAACUGGAAUAUCAGUGGGGAUCUCAAAGUUGUUGCUCUUCUUCUUGGGAUGCAAUUGGGGUACACGAAACACAUGUGCUUUUUGUGUCUGUGGAACAGUCGUGAUGAUGCAAAUCACUAUCUCGUCAAAGACUGGCCUGCGAGAAUUGAUCCGGUACCUGGACAAUUUAACAUUCUUCACGAAUCGUUGGUGAAUCCUGACAAAAUCUUCCUUCCUCCUCUUCAUAUCAAAUUAGGAAUAUUUAAAAACUUUGUCAAGGCGCUACCUACUGAUUCGAAAGGAUUUAUUUAUCUUAAAGAUAAAUUCAAAACCACUCUCACAAACGCAAAGAUAGCUGCAGGAGUUUUUACUGGACCACAGAUACGUGAAGUUAUUCGUGACCCAAAUUUCAAAUUACAACUAGAGCCUGUGGAGUUGCUGGCUUGGGAAGCGUUUGUGGCACUGGUUCAGAAUUUUUUAGGAAACCACAGAUCAGAAGACUAUGUGAACUUGGUAGAAAACUUCAUAAUGGCAUACCAAAACAUGGGUUGUAGAAUGUCCCUAAAAAUCCAUUUCCUCCAUUCCCACCUUAGCUUCUUUCCUGCCAAUUUAGGAGCUGUCAGUGAUGAACAGGGAGAAAGAUUCCAUCAAGAAAUCUCUGUUAUGGAACACCGGUAUCAGGGUCGUUUUGAUAGUAACAUGAUGGGGGAUUUCUGUUGGUUUCUACAGCGUGAAAGUGAAAGUCAAUAUAAGCGCAAAAGAUCAUUAUCGACAAAUUAUUUUUAUUAA